AUGGACGCAGUCGAGGGUGCAGCAGUUGGCGCGGCCCGCGAGGCCAUGGACCGCGCGUACGGGCCUUGGACGGGGCCGCAGUGGGCGCCGGCGCACUUUUCCAGGGCUCACAGCCACAAGGGCCGCUACCUGUGGACGGACGCAUUUGGCGUGUGCAAUUACUGCAGCCUCUACCUGGAGACGGGGGACAACAGGUACCUUCGGCAGGCGGAGACCCUGGCAGCUGCGGUGCACAACACCCUCGGGUUCACGCGCAACGGCGCGAGCAGGCUGGGCAACGCCACGGACGACCACCCGACACGCGGCGGCCUGCGCAUUGGCAAGCCCAACGAGAGCGGCCCCGACUGUGACGGGCAGUACCUCCAUUACCUCAAUAAGUGGUGCUUUGCACUGCUGCAGGCGACGGCGGACGAGGGGCGGUACCUGGUGUGGGCGCUAGAGCUGGCUGAUGCCACGUUUGACAGGUUCAUGUGCCUGGAGGCCCCCGGCGGUGCGCGCCGCCUGGCGUGGAAGAUGACCAUUGACCUGUCCCGCCCCCUCGUGUCCAGCAGCGGCAUGCUCGACGCCCUCGACAGCCUGGUCACCUUCCAGCUGCUGGAGGCCGCCGCGGGCCGCGCGCUCGGCGACGAGCGCGGCGGCGCGCCGCGGCUCGACGGCCAGAUCGUCGUGGCCGCGGCACUGGUCGCGCACUGGUGGCGGGGCUUCAAGUCUGACGACCCCCUAGACCUCGGAGAGGCCCUGUGGCUGGCCCACUGGUUCGCCAGCGGCGAUGCGGGGCACCCGCACACGCAUACGCACACGCACGCGGCGGCGCCAGAGUGCGGCGGCGGGGGCGUGUUGCGCGGCAGGGGCCCGGGGCGGGAGCUUGACUUGGACCUGUCAAGCGCGUGUGACCACGUGGCGGCGCGCGCGCUGGAGGGGCUGGAGGGGCUGUGGGGCGAGGGGUACUUUUCGCAGCCGCUGUCGCGGCGGCUGGGCUUCAGGGAGCUGGGGGCGACACUCGGGGUGCAGGUGGCCAAGCCCUCGCUGUGA